UUUUAAUUACGCGCGAUGGCGCCGUCUAUCCACCACAGGGCGCUGCUCCGCAGGGCGGGAGCCGCCCCUGGCGGCGGGGCGGGGCUGCGCCUGCGCCGUGCGAGCGGCAGCAUGGCGGCGGCCGAGGCGUGGGGCGCGGCGCGGUACUUCACGCGCUGGUACAAGGCAGACGUGAAGGGGCGGCCGUGCGAGGACUUCUGCGUGCUGCAGCACUCCAACAGAAUCUGCGUCAUCACGUUGGCAGAAGCCCACCCUCUUCUUCAACGUGGAAAAACAAUUACAAGCAUUAAUUACCAAAUCAGUCCCAACUGUAGCAGGCUUCAGAAUAAGGUCUCUGGGAAGUCCAAAAGGGGAGCUCAGUUUUUAACAGAACUUGCCCCCCUCUGCAGGAUAUCCUCAUCAGAUGGAGAAGAAUAUACCAUUUACAGUUGUAUACGAGGAAGACUGAUAGAAGUGAACGAAAACAUUCUUAGCAAUCCAGCACUUCUACAAGAAAAGGAGAAUGUCACUGCUCAGACUAGCAUGGAGUAUUUGUUAACACCAUCAGGAGCUGAAUUAAGUGACACAACUGAAGAAAACUACUGCAUUGAAGGCCACUGUAUUUCCCACCUGUAACUGGAAUCUCAGUUUAAGUAAUGCUGUCUUAAUUAAGCACCUACAAGAACACUGCACUGUGAGCUUUCAGAAAGUACUAGAAUUAUUUUGCUUAAAACCUACAGAUGCCAAGUUCCGAUUCACUGUAUUGAUGCAUAAAGAAUCAAAGAGUUAAAUUUGCAUUUUGUUCUUCAUUCAGAAUCCCUAGCUCCUACUUUGUUAAAAAUGCAUUACCUCUGCUUGAUGAAAUAAAUCUUGAGUAGUUUUCAGAA